AUGGAUACACGAGAGCUUCAGACAGCUGGUGAACAGGAAAUCUUAGAAUUUGAAAAGGGAUCUAUCUAUUCUCUAACCAAUCACAACAAAUAUUUCAGCGAAAUGGCGAAGUUUGAAGAAGGAACUGAGAGUGAAAUCGCGCACUACUACAAUGAUGUUGAGACUAUGAGACUCGUGAACGCUAUGGCUAACACCAUUGGAAUUCCUGUCGAGGAGGUUUGGGAGGCUUAUGGUGGCUUUCUUAUUCAGUUCACCAUGGAAACCGGAUGGGAUGAGCUAUUGCGUGCUAUGGCAAGGGAUUUGGAAGGCUUUCUGGACUCACUGGAUUCCUUGCAUUACUUUAUCGACCACGUGGUUUAUCAGACAAAGCUUCGUGGACCAUCAUUUCGUUGCGAGCCACAGGCAGAUGGAACUUUGCUUCUUCACUACUACUCAAAAAGAAGUGGCCUCUACCCUAUUGUUAAAGGUGUGGUCCGUGAAGUGGCACGGCGUAUUUACGACACCGAGGUCAUCAUGAAAGUGCAAGAGAGGAAGCAAGAACAUUUAGAUGCAUUCGUGACGGAGCAUGUUGUAUUUGUCAUCAGCCAAGUUGAGACUGCAGGUGGUCAUCCGACAAAAGCAAUAUCUAGCAAAGUGGAACAGCUUGAGUCGAACACGGUCUGUUUCCUACAUAUUCACAGACAGAACUGUCUGUGGAAAUUCACACUUGACACACCCUUUCAGCUACCGAGAUCGAAGUCUUCGAUUGGAUAG